AUGGAAGUAGCUGCCAGCGACGCCUCUGGCGCCUCGCUCAUAUCGCCCUACUCCGGCACUGCCUUUGAUGCCACGCUUUCCAGACCCACCCUUUCCUCUCAAACAGGCGAGCCCGGCCACUCGCAGCCGGACACCGCCGCCGCCACGGCCGCCGCCAUGACUGUGCUCGCGGACGGCAACGUCAUAAAACACCAGCGGUCUCGCCAGCGCAAAGUGCAUAGCUGUGUGGCCUGCCACAAAAAGAAAAUCAAGUGCUCCCGCGACCACCCAGUGUGUGCCAGCUGCCUGCGCUCCGAUUCCGAGUGCCGCUACUUCGUCAACAAGCGGGUCAGCCGCGGUGGCCGCACUCCGACAGCGCGCCGGACACUGGGCCUGGGAUCAGACCGGACCACGCAGCCUGGCCUGGACCAAGCACUUGCCCAGACCGCUGCCACCGACCCCUCGCCGCCCCACACGCGAGCACUGUCGCUCGAUGCACAGGCACACGCCGCCAAUGACACCGCAACACACAAUUGCGGAAGCCUUGCGCCAAGAAAGCAGUCGGCAGUGGAUCCACACGCUCAGCCCCCUGCCCCGUCAGUUUCAGAGGCUUCAGCAAACAUUGCGGGCCACAUCCUCCGGCCCGUUCCCCAGAAAGUGACUUCCCCAUCUACGGCUUUUGCCAACUUCGUGGACGGGCCCACGUCGAGCAAUGUGCUCACGACUAACAUGUCUACCUCUCUCACUGCGUCCAAACAGCAUCUGGCUCCGCUUGGAUCUGCACAGGAAAACUCGUUGAACCCCUACUCAUCAAACCCUGCUACCACCGUAAACUAUUUGUACGGCACAAAUGUUAACUACCACAAUGGUGAUAUUUUCCUGAGUCUUAUAAGUCACCUCCCGAAACGCGAAAGGUCCUUCGAGCUUGUUCAGCGCUACUUGUAUUCCGUACAUGACCUUCUUCCUAUCUUGGUGAACAUGGACGAGUUUGUUCGUGAGCAUGAGCGGUUUUGGGCUCGCAUGGAUCCUGAUGGAAGCUCCCCAGCGUCUUCUCAAGAUGACACUGAAAACUUCGAGUUUCUUCAAUUUUACACGCUCUACUUCCCUGUGAUGUACGCAUCUACUAUCUCCGAGUUUGAGGAGUACGACAAUCUUCUCCUCAACCAGGAUAUUGACAGGUACUUGAAGGCCUUCAACAAAAUAUGUCAACAUUAUAACUACCCGCAUGGUCUCAAGUCGACACCAUUGCUUCUUGGAAAUGUCAUCAUACAGUCUACAUCGCCCAAUCCAUCGACCAUGGAGAUGUCGCAGAUCAUCCGCUAUGCUAAAUUCUUGCACUUGCAUAAGGACCCCGUGAAGACGCUUCGCAUUCAGGACUGGAAAGUUGUUGGUUUCAGACGCAAGCUUUGGUGGGUCAUUUUUGGACUUGAUGCAUUGAGUAGUCACAAUUUUUGCUUGCCUCCCGUUUGCAGGUUUUCUGACUUCAAUGUGGAAAUACCGGAUCAUUACGAUCCAAUAUUUAGUGAAAAUGGUUCUUUGGCUGGGAAAAAAUUGAAUGUUAGCACUCUUGCUAUGUGUGUGAAGUUUCGCUUUGAUCGAAUCUUGAGCGAUUUGGUCUAUCAAUUGCACAACGGCCUUGCCUCAAACAUUUCAAGUCAAGAGAUUGACACAAUCAGAGACCAGAUUUCUUCACUAUUUGUUUUCAUUCACCAGGCAGUAUUGGAAAUCAAUACUCAUUUCAAGAAAAACCCACCAAAGUCAGUGGCUGAAAUGAAUAUGUUUAAUUUUGUGAAACAUCAUUCUUGGAGUUUUGCUGACAGAGCAUUGAUGCUUUUGCACAAAAAAAUUCUUCUCACAGAUCGGCACAGCGACUCUGUGGAAAAUGGCUCAUUGCAAGUGGCUUCGUGGACUCUGAGGAGCGGACCCUUAUCUUUGAAUCAGUAUGAAGAUACCUUUGGCCGUAUUCAAGAAUCAAACAUAAUAAAGAACUUCCAAGACUCGUCAAUAGGUCUUCUUCGAUUCAGUCAGAAUGAGCUGUUCUCAUAUAAUGAUUUGCUGACUAACCUCAUUCCCUCGAUUUUGCACAAUUUGAAUGAUUUCUUGAAGUACAAUGAUUUUAUUAAGUUUGGAAAGUUCAAUUGGUACGUGAAGCGAACUAUACCAUUAGACUCAAUAAUUUUGCUUCUCGCAAUUAUGAGUGUUAAACUCAAGUACGAGUAUAUGGGGAACACUGAGCUAGUUGUCUUUGUUAAGCUAGUGAACAAAACCUUGUUCAUUCUCAACCGCAAGUAUUUCAAAAAUGAGAAGUACAAGAGAAUGUUAUCCUUGACCAAUGCUACUUGGGAAUAUAUUCUAAAAAAGUAUAAUGUUGUGAAACGUAUAACUCCUCCCAACGGCAAUGCUAGCGGAUGUGCAAUUGAAUUUUUGGAUCAUCAAGUCGCGGGUAUCUUGAACACAAGUGAAUUGUUCACUAUAAUGGAUGUACCCCAGCCUGCAAUGGUUGUUAAUGGUCAGACUCUUAUGCCACCACACGCUGAAGAUGAGUCUUCAUUUAACCGUGAAACAUCAUUCCAAAAUGAGCGAAAUGCGUUUGAUUAUGGUUCAGCUGUAGGUAUGAGUCCUAACCACGUCACUGAUGAGAUUUCAGGCCAAGUCGGGAAUCGAAUCAAUAAAGAGGAAAACAAUAAUAUGAAAACUGAGCUCAUACAUUUGAACAACAAGAUAUAUUACGACUUGCGCAACAAUUUUGUGGACAUAAACGAUUAUUGCACAUUCUAUUCUUCUUUGGAAAACGUUCUCCAUUCGCUCAUGGACUACAUCAAUGAUAAGUAA